GAGGCGGAGCGCACGGGGCUGUCCCGCCCGGCCUCCCCCGCGCAGCCGCCGCCGCCGCCGCUCCCGGAGCCGCCAUGGCCUUCACCUUCGCCGCUUUCUGCUAUAUGUUGGCGCUGCUGCUCACCGCCGCGCUCAUCUUUUUCGCCAUCUGGCACAUUAUAGCGUUCGACGAGCUGAAGACCGAUUAUAAGAACCCCAUAGACCAGUGCAACACCCUCAACCCUCUUGUACUUCCAGAGUACCUCAUCCAUGCAUUCUUCUGUGUUAUGUUCCUCUGCGCAGCAGAGUGGCUCACACUGGGUCUCAAUAUGCCUUUGUUGGCUUAUCAUAUUUGGAGGUACAUGAGUAGACCUGUGAUGAGCGGCCCCGGUCUGUAUGAUCCUACAACCAUCAUGAAUGCAGAUAUUUUAGCCUAUUGCCAGAAAGAAGGAUGGUGCAAAUUAGCAUUCUACCUUCUAUCAUUUUUUUACUACCUAUAUGGCAUGAUUUAUGUUCUGGUGAGCUCUUAAGAAGACAUUCGGCAAGCUUUGUUCCAAUUAAGUGCAUGCAAAAGCCACAACACAUGGAUUCUUUACAAGGAGGACCUCUUAUCAAGAUUAAAGACGGAACCUGAUGACCGCGUCUGCGUUAGAGAACAAUGACUCCCUUAUUUUUAAUACCAUUUCCACAUUUUAUAGUUGUGGAAAGACUGUUUUCUUAUGUUACUGGGACACUGAAAUCAAAGAGCUACAUGUUAACUAAUAUAAAGAUUACUGGGUUUUGAAACAUUUUGACUUUGCACUCCACAAGGAACAGCUGUAAUCUCCAAGUAGGCGUUUGUUACUGAGUAGCCGUAGCGUGCUAGGGGUUUUCUUUAGACUGGGCUUCAUAGUGGCUCCUUCGGACUUGCGUAUCCCACUCGAAUUCUAAAUCCGCUGUAGCUGCCAAGCGCUUGGGAAGGGCUGGAAGUGCUGGCUCUUUUACCUGUAGGCGACGUUGGUCUGAAGAGAUGACUUCAUGGGCACAAUUGCAAAAAUAAGAGUUCUCUUUUGGUUUAUUUGAAUUUAUUUUGUUGUAUCUGGUUUCUCUUUCCCUCUAUACGCAUCAUUCAGAGGCUUCAGUGUUUACAUUGAACACUAAACUUGCUUUAAUCUGAAGCCGAUGUCAUUGUGGUAGGAGAAGCUGAAUUGUCCACAAAGGAAUAAAUUGAAGUGGCGGUGAUUAUUUCUU